CAGCGGGAGGAAGAAAACACGACCACUGAAGGGAUCCGCGGCCUGCGGGGGAAAGGCGUUCCAGGCGUCACGUGACGCUGAGCCCAGAGGCUGGGGGCGGGCGAGCCGGGCCAUUAUUAACGACCCUUCCCCGCCAUCCUGCAUUCUGCUGCCGUUGGGCGCCUUUCUGCUGCGCACUCUUUGCUGCUGCCAGUGUCCGCCUGCCCGUGCGCUGACCAACGGACGCAGGGCGGUCGAGCUGCCUCCUCGUCCCCAUGGCGACCGGGAGGCCUUUCCAGCUGGUGGUCUUCGGGGCAUCGGGCUUCACUGGCCAGUUCGUGGUCGAGGAAGUCGCGCGGGUGGCAGCCGAGGAUGCGCUGCGAGGCUCCGUGCGCUGGGCUGUGGCCGGCAGGAGCAAGGACAAGCUGCAGGCGGUGGUUGACAGGGCGGCCGGCAGGCUGGGGAAGGCUGAGCUGAAGUCAGAGGUUGAUAUCAUCCUAUGUGAUGUCAGUGAUCCAACAUCUCUUGCUAAUAUGGCUAAACAAGCAACUGUUGUUCUGAACUGCGUAGGCCCAUACAGGUUUUUUGGAGUACCUGUAGUAAAAGCUUGUAUUGAGAAUGGUGCCAGCUGCAUUGACAUUAGUGGAGAACCUCAGUUUCUGGAAGGAAUAUACCUGAAUUAUAAUGACAGAGCUGCAGAAAAAGGGGUAUAUAUUAUUGGAAGCUGUGGCUUUGGCUCUAUUCCAGCAGAUAUGGGAGUAUUAUACACCAGAAACAAUUUGAAAGGUACCUUAACUGCAGUUGAAAGUUUCCUGAACGUAAAAUCUGGCCCUGAGGGUCCUUGUCUUCAUGAUGGAACCUGGAAGUCAGCUGUUUAUGGACUUGCAGAUCAAGACAAUCUGAAGAAAAUUAGAAGGCAAAUAGGACACAAAUCCCUUCCAGUCAUUGGAGCCAAAUUGAAGAGAAGAGGUGCAGUGUUUUACAGUAAUGAACUCUCUCAGUAUUCCAUUCCAUUCAUGGGGUCAGAUGCCUCUGUUGUAAAAAGAACUCAGCGUUAUUUGCACACACAUUCCCAGGAGACUCCUGUGCAGUACGCUGCCUACGCAACUGUGGGAGGCAUUGGAUCUGUCAUUAAAUUGAUGUUUGCUGGACUUCUAUUUUUAAUUCUUGUUAAGUUCAACUUUGGAAGAAAGCUUCUGAUAAAAUAUCCUGAGUUUUUCUCUGGUGGACAUUUUACAAAGGAAGGGCCAACAGAAAAACAGAUGGAAGGGUCAUCUUUUGAAAUGACCUUCUUUGGACAGGGAUACAGUGUAGGACAAGAUCCACAACAGGGCAAACCAAAUGCAAAAAUCUGCACCCAAGUGAAAGGACCAGAGGCUGGUUAUGUUGCUACACCUGUAGCCAUGGUUCAGGCAGCUGUGGUACUUCUAAAGGAGAAGAGUUCUCUUCCUAAAGAAGGUGGUGUCUAUACUCCUGGAGCCGCAUUCAGCAAAACAAAGCUUAUUGACAGACUUAACAAGCAUGGAAUUGAAUUCUCUGUUAUUAGCAAGCCUGAAGUGUGAAAUAAGAUAAACAUUCCAAAGAGACUGCAUAACUACCCAGCCUCCAUAUGGUACUUGUAUGCCAAAAAAAGUUUAGUUAAGAAUGCUAAAUUUAAUAAAAUAUUUACAAAGUAAUUGUAUGUCAAUGUGAGAAUCUGUUUUAUACUGUUGCUUGCAAUCGGUGUAAGAUUAUUACUAUUAGAAAUGUGUAUGGGGGAAAUUGCAUUGCAUUACUGCUUAAUUACUGCUGAUAGUGAUAUUUUAAUUAGAUUGGCAUUGCUUGAAUUGGAAAGAAUGGAUGAAUAGGUUUACUUCAAAUCUAUAAAUUUUCAGUGGGAAUCAAGCUAACCGCAAUAAUCAUAGGUUAGUUUUUUAAAAAAAUUGCUAGAAUGGUCACUAUGAAAGUAGUAUAUAUACAUACAUAAACAUUUAACUGUAAGUGAAUUAAUUGUGCCUUAGCUAAAGAAAAGAAACCAAGCUGUUUGUUGCUUUCCAUGGGAAUUAGUCACAAGUUACUAACUGGAAUGAGGUCUCAGGUUUUUCUCUGCAUGCCAUUGUUCUUAGUGUUGGAGAAAGCAAUAUCAUAAUACUCUAUGAUUUUAAUACUACCUUCUAUAACGUAAAUAUUUUUAGCAAAAUAAACAUACAUGAUCAGUUGAA